GUAUAUAAGCUGGGACCGGAAGUACCUGGCUUAAAGGUGUGUCUCAGGUGUGGGAUUCUACAGCUGCUGAUCCCGGAGCUUUAUUCAAACAUGGUUCGGCUCUUUCCGUCUGCGCUCGUGGUUCUGGUCUUGCUACAGGUUGCGAUCGUGGUCAGACAAACGUCCGGUGAGAAUCUGGUCAGAAAAAGAAGAGAAUGGAUUCUUCCUCCAAAACCCUUAAAGGAAAAUAAAGACUACACUAAAGAACUUUCCAUUGCCAAGAUUCGCUCCGAUUACCAACAGGGCAGUAAUGUCGAGUACUUCUUGGAGGGUCCUGGUGCAAACCAGAGACCCUUCAACGUGUUUGUGGUCAACCACAAUACCGGAGAUGUUAGUGUGACCAAAGUCCUCGACAGGGAGGAAAUAGACACAUAUGUUCUGAAAGGUGUUGCCAAAUAUGAGGAUGGCACAGAAGCAGAGAAACCAAUCGACUUAAGAAUCAAAGUUGAGGAUGAAAAUGACAACGACCCAGUCUUUCCAGAUAUGUCACCUGUUGGCGUGUAUGAGCUCAGUCCUAAAGGAACAAUUGUUAUGGAACUGAAUGCAACCGAUGCAGACGAAUAUGGCAAUCUAAAUUCUAAACUUGCCUACACCUUAAUCAGUCAGAAUCCAUCACAUGACAUGUUCAGAAUUAGUAAGAAAGGAGUAAUCACAGUGAAAAACUCUUCCCUGGACAGAGAAUCAUGUGCGCAGUACACUCUGACAGUUGAAGCUAAAGACCUGGACGGAGCCAUUGGAGGGAGGACAGCAACAGGCACUGUCACCAUCAAUGUCCUAGAUGUGAACGACAACCCUCCAAUUCUUGAGAAACAGCAGUAUGAUGGAAGCAUUGAGGAGAACACACAUCAAGUGGAGGUUAUGAGGUUCAAAGCACUCGAUCAGGAUUUGGAAGGCACAGAGAACUGGGAGGCUGUGUAUGAAAUCGUGAAAGGCAAUGAGGCCGGAUAUUUCAGCAUAAUGACCGACCCGAAAACCAACGAGGGCAUCCUAAUGCUGGAAAAGCCAGUGGACUAUGAAGAUGUGAAGAGCCUCGACCUUGGUAUCAUAGUGAAAAACAAGGCUCCACCUUUUGAUCCAUCUACGGCCAGUAAUGGAGUAGGUGUGAAUUUUGGAGGUCAACCUGGUGGUGCCAGCGGUGCCAGUGGUGCCAGCGGUGCCAGUGGUGCCAGCGGUGCCAGUGGAGCCAGUGGUGCCAAUGGUGCCAGUGGAGCCACCGGUCCCGGCGGAGCCACCGGUCCCGGCGGAGCCACCGGUCUCGGCGGAGCCACUGGUCCCGGCGGAGCCUCUGGUGGCUCCACCGGUAUCAGUGGAAGUGGCAGCAGUUCGGGAUAUAAAUAUACCAGUUAUCCCAUCACAAUCAAUGUUAAGAACAAGCCAGAGGGACCAAGUUUUGACCCUCAAGUCAAAAGUGUCCCAAUCUCAGAAGGAUCUGAUAUCAGCUUGAAAAGACCUAUCACCACUUACACUGCUAUAGAUAAGGACACCGGGAAACCUGCCAAGAAUGUCAGGUAUUUAAAGGGCCCAGACCCAGGCAACUGGCUAAGCAUUGACCCAGACACAGCUGAGAUCACUCUGAACAAAAUGCCUGACCGGGAAUCUCCGUACAUUAUUAAUGGGACUUAUUAUGCCAACAUACUAUGCAUUUCAGAAGACAUUCCUGGUAAAACAGCGACUGGUACCAUUGCCAUCCAGGUGGGGGAUUCAAAUGACCACUGUCCCACCCUGACCAGCAAAAGUCAAGUGAUCUGCAUGACCCAGAAUAGCUUCAUUGUCACAGCUGAUGAUAAAGAUUCGUUCCCAAAUGGGCCUCCUUUUCACUUUGUGAUCGUCCCUGAAAAAACCCAGGGAAAGUGGAAGGUGGAACAUCUCAAUGACACUGCAGCCAUUGUGAGGGCUCAGGAGGAACUUUGGGCCGGUUCAUACGAAGUGGAGUUGGUUGUGUCAGACCAGCAGGGAUUAAGCUGUGGAGAACCACAGAAGGUGGAACUCCUAGCAUGCACAUGUGAUGUUGGUGAUGAGUGCGGAGCACAUGGAAGCCAGGGUCAGUCAAAAAAACAAAUAAAGCUUGGACCUGCCGGAAUUGGACUCCUGCUGCUGGGCUUUUUGAUGUUGCUGCUCAUUCCUCUGCUAAUGUUGUCGUGCAAGUGUGGUUCUCCUUUGAAAAAUCCAGAGCUCUUUGCCCAGAUGAAGGAAGAUACAAAAGGAAACUUCAGGGAUUGGCACACAGAAAAACAGGAAGACCUAGGGGUGUAUCCUCUGAUGAACGCACCAGCACAAAUAUACAUUGACUCGGCCAAAGGUUACCUCACAACAGCACCUUUAGAAAUGCAGAAGUCGUUUGUGGGCAGUAACACACUUGGGGGGGGCUACAGAGAUGCAGCAAACAUGCACAGUGAGGGACAGGGCUGGAUGAACCAGUGGGGCAGUGACCUGUACUCUGGGUCAGAGGUUCAAGAUUUUGGAUACGGUGGAGGAGCUGGCCUAGUACUUCCAGAUGCCUUCUUUAGAGAUUUCUACAGUGAGGUGACGUCCAAGAAUGAUACCGAUGUAGUGAAGGACACCAUGAUGGUCUACGACAUUGAAGGGCAGGGCUCCGAUGCAGGUUCGCUGGGAUCCUGCAAAGCCAUGGAGCAGAAUGAAGACCUCCAAUUUUUGGAUGAUCUUGGAAUGAAGUUCAAGACUCUAGCUGAGAUAUGUGUAGUCAAAACGAUCAUGUCUGAAACCAAAGCGGUGUCCAGUCCUCCACCUGUCCCCUCUUUAUCCACACCUAAGGUCUCUGAGUCAAACUUGUUCACCACACAACGAAUGACCCCUCCACCCAGUCUGCCACUGACCAACAUCAGAGAAGAGCGAAGAAUGGUCAGUGACAUAAUCAGUCCUCCACCUGUCCCCUCUUUAUCCACACCUAAGGUCUCUGGGUCAAAAUUGUUGACCACACAACGCAUGACCCCUCCACCCAGUCUGCCACUGACCAACAUCAGAGAAGAGCGAAGAAUGGUCAGUGACACAACCAACCAUUCCCAAGUGCUGAAGAAGGACGUGGCUGUGGUGAGCGAGGGUGUUACCUCCAUGGCAACAGGGUUGGAGAGCCAAAGCCAAAUGCUGGUUUUGCAACAGGAGCAGCAGCCAGUCUACUAUUCUGCUGCCCAUAUGAUGCAGCCUAUGCACUACAUGGUCCAGCCACAGUUUCAGAACUUCAUUCUAACCGAGCCUCCAGCCAACAGCCUCCAAGAUAUGGUUCUUCUGAACAGUUCUGAGAUGGGAUACAACCCAGGAGUGAUCAUUCAGGGCCAGACAAUGAUGCACAAUGGACAUGUCCAGGGCACUGGCACCAUGCUGUUGGAGAACAGCAGCCACACCAACCUGAUACAGAUGGGAAAUUUGUCUGGCUCCCAGACUAUGAUGGUGGUCGAAGGGCCGGUUUCAGGCUCCAUGAAUAGAGUCCAAAGCGGCCUCAUUCAGGGCCAGACAAUGAUGCACAACGGAUAUGUCCAGGGCACCGGCACCAUGCUGUUGGACAACAGCAGCCACACCAACCUAAUGCAGAUGGGAAAUUUGUCUGGCUCCCAGGCUAUGAUGGUGGUCGAAGCGCCGGUUUCAGGCUCCAUGACUGGAGUCCAAAGCGGCCUCAUUCAGGGAGGAACUCUGGGCUCAGUGACUGGAGUCCAAAGCGGCCUCAUUCAGGGAGGAACUCUGGGCUCAUUGACUGGAGUCCAAAGCGGCCUCAUACAGGGAGGAACUCUGGGCUCAUUGACUGGAGUCCAAAGCGGCCUCAUUCAGGGAGGAACUCUGGCCUCAGGACAACUGUCAGGAACCCAGGGAGUUCUGAAGGUGAAGGAGGCAACCAGCGGCAGGGGGAGGGCAGGGAAGACUGAGCGGUCAAGAGUUGUCAACACUAAAGGCAGCAAUCAGACCAGCACGUCCUCCACUUCAUUCAGUGUCCCCACCAGCACCACGCAGAAAGUUCUGAUCCAAGAAACCGCACAAAUCCGCUGAGACACCAAGCAGGGGAGGGGUGGGGUGAGGGGCCAGCAUUUCCAGAAGGAAAUUUUAAUUUUAAGGAUCAGGAAGUCUUGUUAUGAGAAGUGUAAAAACAGAUAAAUGUAUCUUCCAGGUUAACACAGUGAUGUAAAGGUUAGCACUGUUGCCUCCCAGCAUAAAGGCUGUUUGGGUUUUAAUUUUGUAUCUAGUUUGUAUUUUCUCCAUUUGCUAGCAUGCUUAAGUGUGUGAAAUUUGUUCUCCACAUUUGACCUGUCCCUUGGGGGAACGCUGACCUGCAAACACAGCCAUACUCUGGAACCAUUUGGUGGUUUGACCCCCCAAUCCAACCCCUUAACGUUAAGUGUCAAGCAGGAAGCCAUUGGGUCCCAAUUUUUAGAGUGUUUGGUAUGACUCAACUCUGGAUUUGAACCCACAAUCUUCCAAUCUCAGAGCAUACACUCUACCACAAGGCUACUAACACAAACUCUGGCUUCCUUCCACAGUCCAAUAAUUUGCUCCAUAGGUUGAUUAGGAACUCUAAAUUGUCCCUUAGCAGUGAGUGAGUGUUUUGGACUGAUGAACUGUAGCUGCAAUAGUCUUCAACAUCCCUCAUGACUCUGCACAGGAUCACUGAUCAAUGCAGGAAAAGAAGAAGGAUGUUUUCCAUGCUUUAUCCAUUUUUGUUUUAAAUAGAAUAAAACGGAAAAGGUUUCCACUCUUUUGGGAGUUGUAAUGUAAUGCAAUUCCAACUUACUGUUAUUUUCCUCUUUGGAUCUCCAUCUUCUGGUAUUUUCAGGAUGUUAAAACUGUCUUAUGUAGGGAGUGUGUCAUAUUUAACUUCAGGCUUUUGCUGGUAAGAAAAUCUCAGCGGGUUUUUCUGAUUCUUCCUGUUAGUUAGCAGGCCUUCAUCUGAAGAUCUGUUGUCAGCCUACUUUAACCCUCUGGGCUUUGAGAUAUAUUUUUGUACAUGAAUGAGAAAAAUAAAGGUUUAUUUCAAUGGCU